AUGGCCGAGCAAACACAAAUCAAGCCAGAGCCCGACGCGGGCAGUCCCUAUGUCGAUGAAGCGCUCGAUGAGACGCCUGAUUUGGAGUUCUACGAUAAAUUCCCAAACGCCAACGAAUGCGCUCGCAUGUAUCUGGCCCGUCUGCCCAGCUACCUCUGGCAGGUCUGGUCUCAGCUGGAUGACGAUGCUGAAAUCGAGAUUGGGUCAAUUCGUCAAUGGUUUGAUAAGGAUGGCAACUUGAAGUUGAGAUUACGCCUCAAGCCCGACUUGGCGGUUCACCAGCCACUGCCGAAAGAGUAUAACAUGGAUGUUGUAAACCACGAUGUGCACAAUACGUUUAUCUUCACCGAGCAGGAUCUCCCUAGCUAUGCCGCAAAGAACAAGGAGCGAGCCAAUGCCCUGGCCCAGGGUAUUCCAGCUCAUCUGCUACGUAAGCAGCAGAGGCAAACAGAACAGCCUGUAGAGCAGCGCGGCACGAAGAGGGGGGCACCAUACGCUCGCAAGCCGAUUCCAAAAAAAACUCGGAUCGCCGGCAGGAUCAAGCAUGAAGUCGUUUGCACUCCCGCGCAAAAUGCCGAGACGGACCGCUUCCUUUACCUGCGUGCCCAGGAGGCACAGAAGGUGAGGGAGCAGGUCCAGAUCGUCGACAAGCUGCCGCCCAAUGGGAUUACGAAUCGCGAUGAUUGGGAGAACUAUCUCAAAACAAGCACCAAGCCGACGAAGCAAAAGAAGAUGGAGAACAAAGCGACUCGCUGGCCCGAAAACCAGCUCAUGGACGAGAUCGCCAAGUGCUUCUCACAGCACAAAUACUGGUCGAUCAAGGCCUUCCGCCAACGGAUCCCGCAGCCCGAGGCCUAUAUCCGCGAAUGUCUCGAGAAGGUUGCCGUGUUGCAGCGCUCUGGCAAGUUUGCCAACAACUGGUCACUCAAACCUGAGUUCCAGAACUUGCUGGCCGAGCUGCCCAAGCCUGCCGAUGACGCUGCUGUGCCCAGGGCAGAUGUGCCGUCGGAAGAUGAGGAUGAUGAGGACAUCAGGAUGGAGGACGUCAUUUAG